AUGAAGGUUGAGGAAGUUCGGCAGAGGAGAAAAGAGGGCAGGUCUAGAAAUGGAGAGCGAUCCAGGCACAAAGGAAAGAGCAAGGGUAAACACAGAGAGAGUCGACUUGGCAAUCAGGGGACAGAGGAUGUCUCUCUGUAUGCACAGCAGAAGCUGUUGGCUGUGGAGAAGGCAGCCAUGGCGAAGUCACAGGAAGAAUCAGCCACCUCAAUUUGCCUGCAAGUGCUCCUGCCAUACCUCCUAGCUGGGCUUGGCAUGGUCAUGGCAGGUAUGGUUUUGGAUUAUGUUCAGCACUGGGAUGUGUUUCGGAAAAUUACAGAAGUUUUUAUCCUGGUUCCUGCCUUGGUUGGCCUGAAGGGUAAUCUUGAGAUGACACUGGCAUCCAGGCUCUCAACUGCUGCUAACACUGGACAGAUGGAUGAUGCCCAGAAGCAAUGGAAAAUGGCCACCUGCAAUUUAGCCCUUAUACAGGUCCAGGCCACUGUGGUGGGACUUCUGGCUGCUGUUGCUGCUGUGAUCCUAGGAGCCAUCUCCAAGGGUUCUGUGGAGCUGAGCCAGGCUGCAGUGCUGUGUGCCAGCAGCGUGACCACUGCCUUCAUAGCUGCACUUUCUCUUGGUCUGGUGAUGAUUGGAGUGAUCAUCGGAGCAAGGAAAGUUGGGAUCAAUCCAGACAAUGUCGCCACACCCAUAGCAGCAAGCCUUGGAGACUUGAUAACCCUUUCUCUGCUGGCAGGAAUCAGCAGCACUCUCUUCAAAUACAUAGAUAUUAAAUACCUUUCUCCUCUGAUCUGUGCUGUCUUCAUUGUCAUGAUCCCUCUCUGGGUUGCUAUUGCCAAACAAAGUCCUUCCCUUGCUGAAGUCCUGAAAUCUGGAUGGCAGCCAGUCAUUGUUGCAAUGAGCAUCAGCAGCAUUGGUGGGCUCAUCUUGGACAAAACUGUAACUGACCCAAACUUUGAAGGCAUGGCUGUUUUCACACCUGUGAUUAAUGGUGUUGGAGGGAAUCUGGUUGCCAUCCAGGCCAGCCGUAUAUCCACAUUCCUGCACUUCUGGAGCAUGCCUGGAGUUUUGCCAUACAAGAUGAAGCAGAAUUGGCCUAACCCAUGCACCACAUUCUUCUCAUCAGAAGUGAAUUCCAAGUCAGCGCGAGUCCUGUUCCUCCUUGUUAUCCCAGGGCACCUCGUGUUCCUCUACACCAUCCAUCUGCUGCAGGGAGGCCACACAUCUCUGUCCUUCACCUUUGUGAUGUUCUACCUGACUGCUGCUUUGCUGCAGGUGGGAAUCCUGCUCUACGUGGCUGACCUCAUUGUGCGCCUGAUGUGGAGGAAGGCGCUGGAUCCGGAUAAUUUCUCCAUCCCCUACCUCACUGCCCUGGGGGAUCUCCUGGGCACUGGCUUCCUGGCCGUCUGUUUCCGCCUGGUUUGGUUCAUCCAUGGUACAGACAUAAACCUGGGGAACUGA